GAGGCCCCGCGACGAGACCCACGGAAGAGCGAAGAGCAUGUGGAGAAAGAAUAGAGAUGGAUUCAAGUAGUUAUUGCGAUUAGGAUUAUUCAUGAUGGUCAAGCAGCGCUGGGUCUUAUUUAGUGUCUCCUUCUCAUCCUCCUUCUCUCUUCCACCCUUUGCUCGUUACCACGCAAAUCUACACAAUGGACGCAUUUGAAUACAACGCCAAUCCCGGCCGGGUCAUCUUCGGCAGCGGCACCAUCCAGAAACUCCCCGAUGAGAUCGCCCGUCUCAACCUCAAGCUGCCCCUGGUCCUCUCGACACCGCAGCAGACCAGCCAGGCCGAGACCGUCAAGAAUGUCCUGAAGGACCAGAUCGCAGGCAUCUUCUCAGAUGCUACGAUGCACACGCCCACGCAUGUCACCGACGCGGCCGUCCAAUUUGCACAGCAGAAGGGCGCUGACUCAGUCAUUUCCAUCGGGGGUGGCAGCACCAUUGGUCUGGGCAAGGCAAUUAGCUUCCGCACGGGACUGCCACAUAUCUGUAUCCCGACGACUUAUGCGGGAAGUGAGAUGACGCCUAUUCUGGGUGAGACGGCGGAUGGAGCGAAGAAGACCAAGUCUGAUCCCAAGAUCCUUCCCGGGACGGUGAUCUAUGAUGUCGACUUGACCAUGACCCUGCCCACGGGGAUGAGUGCGACGAGUGGUGUCAAUGCCAUUGCUCAUGCUGUCGAGGCCCUCUACGCCCGCAACACCAACCCCGUCAUCAACCUGAUGGCCCUUGAAGGAACUCGAGCCUUGGCCAGCUCUCUCCCCGAAAUUGUCGAGAACCCAUCUUCUCAAUCCGCUCGCUCUCUGGCCCUCUACGGCGCCUGGCUGUGCGGAACCUGUCUAGGCAGCGUGGGCAUGUCCAUCCACCACAAGCUCUGCCACACUCUCGGAGGCAGCUUCAACCUGCCCCACGCAGAGACUCACACUGCCGUGCUGCCGCAUGCAAUCUCGUACAAUGCGCCCAACAUCCCCGAAGCUAUGAAGAAGCUGGCAGACGCUCUUCCCGAAAGCAACGGGGAUGCGAUCCACGGGUUGAAUGUCUUACUGGAGAAGCUGAAGGUCAAGCGGGGAGCCAAGGACUUUGGAAUGAAGGAGGAUGGUAUUGAUAAGGCUGCUGAUAUUGCCGUGAGCAACCCGUACUGGAACCCCCGGCCGAUUGAGCGUGGUCCGAUUCGUGAGUUGAUUCGGAGAACUAUGGGCGCAGAAAUGGAGGCAGCACCGGUGCUGUCCACCCCCGAUGACCGAAUCCUCGAAGCCACCGAACCCGUCGUCUCCCACGAUCCCCAGCGCAUCGCAUCCGACGAAGAGCUCUGCAUUACAUACGAUAUUGAGCGCACGUUGAAAGAGAUCCGCCAGGCCCGGUACAAGCGAGUUGCCCUACAAUUCCCCGAUGACAUGCUCCCCGAUGCCCCGCGGGUAUUCCAACUGCUCAGUCGGGGACUGAACCCUGCGACAACGACCACCAGCAACGGCGCAAACGGUCAUUCGAAUGAAACGGAGAAUGGGGAUCUGGCGCAGUUUGUGGCUGGUCUUCAGGUGGAGGAUCCAGCGAACGAGACGCCAAAACUGUACAUCCUGGCUGAUACUUCCUACGGAACCUGCUGUGUCGAUGAAGUGGCUGCGGAACAUGUGAACGCGGACGUGGUGGUACAUUAUGGACGGUCGUGCUUGUCGCCAACGGCCAGAUUGCCUGUCAUCUAUGUGUUUACGCAUAAGCCUCUGCCCAUCGAGCCGGUUGUUCGGGCCUUCAAGGCUACCUACCCAGAUCCAUCUACGAAGGUGAUUCUGGCGGCGGAUGUGACUUAUGCGGACCACCUCCCCAGCGUGUAUGCUCGACUGACAGAGGAGGGAUACGCCGACUUGUUUGCUACAGAGAUCGUUCACGACCCGUCUUCUGCUAUUCCUAAUCGAACUGUGCCGGAGUCUGUUCGCGAAAGCCCCGAUUCGUUGUCAGAGUGGCAGCUCUUCCAUAUUUCCAACCCUCCGACGGCCCUUCUUAUGACCCUUGCGUCUCGGGUUACUGCGAUCCACAUUUAUCCCACGGGCAAGGCAGAGAAGGAAGAGGACGACGUGAAGCCACUAGAGGCAUCGACAGCGGCCGCCUUGCGGCGACGGUACGCUAUCUUGACCUCGCUGAACACCGUUCCUAUUUUCGGUAUCUUGAUCAACACCCUGAGUGUGAAGAACUAUCUUCACAUUGUGGAACAUGUCAAGCAAAAGAUUGCGGAUGCGGGCAAGAAGAGCUACAUGUUCGUGAUUGGUGGUUGGGUGGUCAUUGGCUGCUGGGAGAGCUCCCUGGUCGACAGCAAAGAUUUCUGGAAACCGGUCAUCACCCCGUAUGAGUUGGAAUUGACGCUCCAGGGGGAUACGGAGCGGGUCUGGACGGGAGCGUGGCAGAGCGAUUUUCAAGCCAUCCUUGAUAAACCGGCUGAAACUCCUUCGUCGGAAACCAACGGUGCGGCCGGCGGCAACAACGACAACGACAACGACAACGACGAGGAAGAGGACUCAGACUUCGAAUCCGCUCCCCCAGAAUUUGACUUGCGUACUGGCAAACUUGUCUCACACUCACGUCCGAUGCGGGAUUCUGCACCCCGCGUUUCUGCCCAGCUCGAUGCUGCGGCGGCGAGUAGUGGACCGAAUGCUGCUCGGGCGUUAGCCAGACGGGCCAAAGGCGAUCUUGCCAUGAUCGGCGGUACCGUUUCUCCAGGUGCGGAAUUUCUACGAUCGCAGCGGACGUGGAAGGGAUUGGGCAGCGAUUUCGACAUCCGGUAUGACGACGACGAGAAGGAUGAUCGGGAUAGCACACUGGUGGUGGAAGGGCGCAAGGGUAUUGCAAGGGGAUACACCGUCGGAGAAUCAAUAGACAAGCAUUGACUUUAGCAUCCUGUGUGUAUAGUACUUGUAUAGGAGUGUUCCGCAGGGCGUAUGAUACCCUAAUAAUUGAAGCCACAUGGACAACAGAAACUUGAAUGUAGGGGCC